CUCCCUCCCUCUCUGCUAGGCUGCUCUGAUGGGCGGUACCACCAUGGUGAUAUCCAUGGCCCUGCCAGAGCAACACUGCUCCCUAGUGGACGCGUACGAGAACUGCCGCGCCCUGGCCGACGCCAAGGCCUGCUGCGACUACGCCCUGCACGUGGGCGUCACCUGGUGGGGGCCCAAGGUGCGCAGCGAGAUGGAGACCCUGGUGAGGGAGCACGGGGUCAACUCCUUCCAGAUGUACAUGGCCUACAAGGACAGCAUGAUGCUGAAGGACUCAGAGCUCUACCAGACCCUGCAGACCUGCAAGGACAUUGGCGCCAUCGCCCGCGUGCACGCCGAGAACGGAGAGCUGGUGGCAGAGGGAGCUAAAGAAGCUCUGGAUCUGGGCAUCAGUGGACCCGAGGGCAUUGAGAUCAGUCGGCCAGAAGAGUUGGAGUCAGAGGCCACCCAUAGGGCCAUCACUGUGGCCAACAGGGCCCACUGCCCCAUUUACAUGGUCAACGUGUCUAGCAUGUCAGCCGGAGACAUGAUCGCAGCGGCCAAGAUGCAGGGUAAGGUGGUCCAUGCCGAGACCACCGUGGCCCACGCCGUGCUCAGCGGGAUGCAGUACUACCACCAGGACUGGGCCCACGCUGCCGCCCACGUGGUGGUGCCCCCCCUUCGCCUGGACCCCAACACACCCAACUACCUCAUGGGCCUGCUGGGCAACGACACCCUGAGCGUGCUGGCCUCAGAGCACCGGCCCUUCUGCACCAAGCAGAGGGCCCUGGGCAAGGAGGACUUCACCAAGAUCCCCCACGGCCUGGCCGGGGUGCAGGACCGCAUGAGCGUCCUCUGGGAGAGGGGCGUGGUCGCGGGCAAGAUGGACGAGAACCGCUUCGUGGCUCUGACCAGCUCCAACGCAGCUAAGAUCUACAACAUCUACCCCCGCAAGGGCCGCAUCGUCGCCGGGGCCGACGCCGACGUGGUCGUGUGGGACCCCGACACCACCAGGACAAUCUCCGUGAGCACGCAGGUGCAGGGCGGAGACUUCAACCUCUACGAGGGCAUGCGUUGCCAUGGCGUCCCCCUGGUGACCAUCAGCCGCGGCCGCCUGGUGUGCGAGAACGGCGUGUUCAUGUGCGCCGAGGGCUCCGGGAAGUUCUUCCCGAUGCGCACCUUCCCCGACUUCCUGUACAAGAAGAUGGUGCAGCGAGAGAAGAGCCAGGCGUUGAAAGGAGUGGACAGGGACCCGUACUCCGGCGACGUGGCUAAGGUGGCCACCACCAUGAAGAAGGAGCUGGGCCUGGGGCCCAUGGACGGAGAGGCCCCCUCAAAGUCCGGCGGCGGCCCCCGCGGGCACCAGGCCGGCCGGGACCUCCACGAGUCCUCCUUCAGCCUCUCAGGCUCCCAGGUGGACGACCAUAUCCCUAAGAGGUCCUCUGCCCGUAUCCUGGCACCUCCCGGUGGUCGCUCCAGUGGUAUCUGGUAACCAUGGAUCCUCGGAUAUUGACAGCUCGACCCUUGGUGUUUUGUACAUUCUGGAAAGAACCAAGAAAAACUGCACUGAUUUUCAAACACAGGUCUCGAUUAGGUAGAAAAUUCAAAGUCUAUGACUUUUGAACAGUGUGAUCGGUCAAGAAUCGAUUGGGAACGGUUUAUUUGCCAAAGUCACACUUAAAUUUAAUUUUUGUCUGAUCAGAAAGAACGAAUCAUUCUAAUGAAAUUAUAAAUGGGAACAUUCAAAUUCAAAGCGAUUCAUGCUAAGUUAGACAAACUCAAUUCAUCCGUGACCACAUUAGUACUCCUUCAUAAAACCAAGUUAAUUAUGAAGCUUGAAACUGUGAAAGAUCAGAAAAGCCAGUACAGUUUUUAAUGGUUUGACUUGACUAGAUGUUUGGAUUAUUUAAACAACACUACUAGCUGAGAUCAGUAAAGUAUCUGUAUUCCCCGCUGCCAUGCACACACACAACACAUAUACCCACGGCACACUUUACACACCAUAGCUUUAGAAUAAUGUGCUUUGUCUCCUUCCAAAUCCACCCACCCUUGGUGGGUGCCCUGGUGCAUUAUGGGUACCCCCAACACCCCCCUCCACACACACACACACACUGCGUUAAUAUUUCACUACGGAUUAACUGUGCCGUGUGGUGAUGAAAUCCAACUGCGUCCAACUUUCCUCUCGUCACCAUGACCACACUGUGCACCCAUUGGAGUUUUACCGCAUCCCGCAUCCCGCAACCCGCCUCCGACUCCAACUGACUCUGUCCAAGCCUGCUGACACACACAAAGAACACAGCCUAUCCGAGCCUCAUCCUGAAUUGUAUUCAUAUAUUUAACGUACAAAUAAGGUUGACUUGCAAGUUGUUGACACACUUUUAUUGAAUCGGUGCUUGAAAUUAUUCUGUGGUUUUUGAUGCCCCUGCUGGGAUCAAAGUUCAUCAAAAUGUCAGCAUUGUUGUCAAGUGAAUCCUAUGUAUGUGAUUUUCUUUGUCUUCAUUUCAUGAACCUGAUGGAAGUGGAAGUGGAGAAACAUAAACAGUGAAAGUCAUGACACCCCAUGGAAGGCGAGGGGGUUCAUUGUUUUACUGUUUCUUAGAUAAAGACCCACAGUUCAUUACAUUCCUCCACUAAUCCAUUCUAAUGUAUGAAUACAUUUGUCAUUCCAUUACAGGACAUGUCUUGAGAUUACCGUGUGGGCAGAGAUGAUGACAGACUUUGGGUAAAAAUAGAUAAGAUGUCACUGAAUUUUGAAUUUAUAGCCAGUGCGAAACCGAGGCCUGAGCAAAACAAAUUUAGAAUAAAGACGAGGCAAAAGACUUCGAGUUACACUGUGCAAUGUUUCAGAAUAUCUUUUGAUAUAUAUAUAGGAUGAUGUUGAACGCAGAAUGGCAUUGAUCAACAUCUAAAUAAAACCAAGCCAAGCGUUAUUGCACCUAGAGACGAAGAGGGGGGGGGGGAGUGUUGGUUCCAGGAGACAGUAGGACUGAGCUGCACGGACACAGAAGAGGUCAAGCACCAAGGACCAUUGCUAUUGGUCACCACUGAUGACGAUGUCACUAACCAGUAGUAUGUUUAUACAUGAUCCUGUUUCCUUAUCUGUGCACCAUAUACUGAGGAAUUUGUUUUUAUUACUGUUAUAACUGUUCUUGUUAUUCGCCGAACGAUUACCCGUGCCAAUGUGAAUCACCUGUGCCAUAAGUCCAUGCAUGACGAUGCACCUCCCAACCGAAAAACACGAGAUCCGAUCUCGGCCCGGACUCUGCAAGUUCCGUCUAUGGUGCUGUUUUUAUUUUUUAUUUGAAUGAUUACUUACGAUGGCGUUCUGUUGUUUGGUUGUUGUUUUUUGAAUCGUUGGAUGGUGAAGGUGUUUUGUCGAGGGCACUGAGACUGGUGGUCGGUGACUGUGUGUGUUUGUAGAUUCUUGUUGUGUUGGACAGUGAACCUGUUGAAUCUGUAUGUGGCUGCUUGUUUCUUGCAACAAGAAGAAGAGUAAAAGAUAAAAAAAGUUGGAAAAAAUUA